AUGAGGAUAACUGGCAAGGUGUGUCUGGUGGUGCUGGUGUUGGCGGUAUCGAGCGUGUUUGCCAGCCCACUGGAGGAGAGUGCACGGGCGGCACUGUUCCGCCGUACGCGCCUCGGUGGCCCCAAAGUCUACAAGCACGAAGAUCAGAGCCGCCCAGGCAUCCCGGUGGCGGACAAUCUGGCCGACAAAGCCCCAGCGGAAGAUCGCAAAGCACAGGGGAAGGAGCUAGCUGAAGAGGAAACGACUACUGCUGCCGCUGCCGCUGCUACAUCCGCACCCGUACCAGCGAAGGGAGGACUUAAUAGGUUGUUUGCUCGCAAAAAGUAUAGUCCACUGCUGAGAGAUGCUUCCAAGGGUGUGUCCACAACGGAAGCAUCUUCCGGAUCUUCGGUAACGAUCACCACCACAGUAGCAUCCACCGAGAGUGAGGAUGGUGUGACCUCCUCUGGAACGACGCGUCGUACGAGACCGACGCGUCCUGGCAAGUUGCCUCGUUCGACCUCCCCGAAACCCACCGUGUCCGUGAAGCCCACCAAAAUCUCGUCUCGAUUUUCGAAGCCCACUGUUGAACCGACCGAAAGUACGGUGGCUAGCGCAACGUCCCGCACCACACGUGGUCGUCGUACGCGUCCCUCGAAACCGUCGAAGCUUUCCGGCACAACAACCACAACGACAACCACCGAGGAACCGACCACUACGACGACAACCACCACCACAACUACUACCCCUGCACCAACGACGACAACUACCACUACGACGACGUCGACAACCACCACCACUACUGUAGCUCCUAGUACAUCUUCUAGCACAUCUUCCCCAACAGUAGCCGCCUCCGCCGCCGCCGUCUCGUUAGCUGACGGAGCUGUGGAAACUGUCGCGGUGAAAGGAUCCACCCAAACGGAUGAUGGGGAAAGCUUGCCCAGCUCGACCACUGCACCUAGCACGACAACCACCGCGGUGCCUGCUUCCUCUAGCACUGCAGCUGCACCAGCUGCGACGAAAGAGGUCACCGACGAUGUCCCCGUUAAAAGUUCACCGAAGCCGGAACGGAUUAUCCCGGUAGUUGAGCGGCAGGAUGAUGAGCUGAACGAAAACGAAAGUCUGCUACAGUCGGCUGGUUACGAUUCUUCGUCCGCCGAGGAGCAGUAG